UCAAGAAUGCCCAAUAUGGAGCAGGAAAUCGGUAGCUGGGACUCGGUGCUGUUGGAAAACCUUUCCGAGGAAAGCUUCAUCAACAACCUGCACCAGCGCUAUAAACGGGAUUUGAUCUAUACCUAUAUCGGGACGUUUCUUGUUGCUCUGAAUCCUUAUAAACCACUUCAGAUUUAUAAUCCGGAUCAAGUCCGCAAGUACGCUACCAAAAGUCUUUUUCAACUGCCACCCCACAUAUUUGCAUUGGCCAAUUCCGCGCAUCAGUUUCUGCUGAAUUACAACGAGGAUCAAUGUAUCAUUAUGGCGGGCGAAUGUGGGUCGGGCAAAACGGAAUCAUCGCACAUGAUUGUUCACUUUCUAACACAACUCUCCGAGAUGCGCCGCAGCCGGACUCCGAUUUUCUCGCUUCGCGGCUCCAACCCAAACUCCAGACAAUCCACACCAAAACAUUCUACAAUCAGUCGCGUAGGCUCGUCGUUCGAAAGUGCCACACCAGCGGGAGGCCGGUUGGACAGUAUAAUGAAGUACAAUUCGUCUAGGCAGCAAAAAUGCUCCCACGAGAAGACGGUUGAGUUUGAUCUGAUUUCACAUCACAAGAGCACGGAAAACCUGCCGGCAAUGGUCAACUAUGGCUUCAUGCCCGUGGCCAGCAUGCCCAAGUGCUUGAAGCAUUCGAAUCAAUCCAUCAGUCGAUCGACAGAGGGCAACGAGUUUCCGACCAAACCGACCCUUAAAUCGGCAGGUAACAGCGCGUGUCCGAAGCACAACUGUACCAGCAGUCACGCUGACAUUAACCGGUUGUGUGGAGCUUCGCCAUCGCCCUCAUUGCAAAAGCGUAACAAUCCGAUGCGUUGUUGCCAUCAGAAUAGCAACAGCAGCACACGAUCGAUUCACAAAUCCUCCUCAUCGAUCGCGCUCACACACGAUCAUGGGACCACCUCGCCGUCAACGUUCCAUCGGCGCCAGAUGUUGAAGUCAAUAUCGAAAGAGGUGUACAUUCGCGAUCUCGAGCUACAGAAAAUGCGCGAAAGGGUCGCACAGGCCGAAGUUUUUCUUGAAGCAAUGGGAAACGCAGUGACGGUGAAGAACGCCAACUCUAGCCGCUUUGGUAAAUUUUUUGAUAUCGAAUUCGAUUACAAAGGUGACCCAGUAGGAGCGCACUUAACAUUAUAUAUGCUGGAAAAGUCUCGUGUUACCACCCGCGCUACUGGGGAACGAAAUUUUCAUAUUUUCUAUCAAUUACUUUCUGGUGCCGACAUUCAACUGCUCAAAUCACUUAAAUUACAACGAAACAUCGACAAGUACGAUCUUCUGAAAAACAGUUUCUCCAAUGAGGACGAUCGAACAAAUUUCAUCUUUACAAAGCGUUCUCUGGAUAUACUGGGCUUUGGGCAAGAUGAAAUCUUUUCGAUAUUCACCAUUUUGGCCGUGGUGCUUAAGCUCGGUAAUUUAACUUUCAUUCCAACCACCAACAUCGACGGUAGCGAAGGAUGUGAGAUAUCGAAUGAGUACGAACUAGACGAGAUCGCGCAGCUUCUGCAACUGGACAACCAAUUGCUGUUCAACUGUUUGACGCGACUGGGAGAUAACUGGGCCCAGCUGGAACCGGAUGGGACCGAAAUCGAUGCCUGCUAUGCGUCGCGCAUCAAAUUUACGCUGUGCCGUACCUUGUAUGGGAGGCUUUUCGCGUGGAUUGUUUCACGAGUGAACGACGCACUAAAGCUCAAAUCCGCCACGGGCACCGGUGGCAGCCGAGGGAAAACGAUCGGUCUGCUGGAUUUCUACGGUUUCGAAGCACUGGAGAAGAAUACGUUCGACCAGUUCGCUAUCAACUACUGCACCGAGAGGUUGCAACAGCAUUUCGUUAAGAGCGUGCUAAAACAUCAGCAAGAUCUGUACGUGAACGAAGGUUUGGAUUGGAUUCGGAUUGAUUUCUUCGAUAACGCUCCCAUCUGCGAGCUGAUUGAUAAGCCAUGUUUCGGCAUCCUGCACCUGCUAGACGAACCGCAGGUUGUCAACGAUGGGCUGUUGCUGACACGGCUGCACCAGUGCUGCGCCGGGCACGCAAAUUUUCUCGCCCGCGAUUCAUCACUGCCUUCCAAUUGUUUCCAAGUUCGCCACUUCGAGGGUCCGGUUGUGUACACGACAAAUGGGUUUACUGAGAAAAACCUUGACGUGCUGCCGAGGCACAUCAGCAGCUGCCUGUUUCAGAGUGAUUUGCUGAUUGCGUCCUGCCUUUUCCCGGAGGGCAAUCCGAAACGCCACUCGAACCGCAAACCAUCGAGCUUAAGCAACAACCUUCGAACCUCGCUGCAAACACUGCUGAAGUUGCUCGAGCUACGCUCAAACCACUACAUCUUUUGUAUCAAGCCAAACGAGCUGAAGCAAGCAAAGAUGUUUGAGCUUGGGCUAGUGCAGCAUCAGGUUCGCUAUCUUUGUCUGAUGCCUCUGAUUAAUCUGUGGCGUAAUGGACACUGCUUCAACAUGGUGCACGCCCGGUUUGUGGCCCGUUACAAGCUGCUCUGUCAGUACACCUGGCCUCACUUUACGGGGACGGUUGUAGACGGGGUGGCUUUGAUCAUACGCAGCGUGCCGUUGCCCGGUGCCGAGUUCACGAUCGGGCGUAAAAAAGUGUUCAUUCGAAGUCCCCGCACGGUGUACGAACUGGACGAGUUCCGUAAAGUGCGCUUGAACGAAUUGGCCGUACUGAUCCAGAAGACGUAUCGCUGCUACACGAAGCGGAAACGGUUCUUAACGCUUCGUCAUAGUCAGCUAAUAAUCGCUAGCAGCUGGCGCAACUGGAGGGAACGUGAGAAAAUACGCAUGAUAGAGUUCCGCAAGCAGGCCUUGUGGGCGGUGCAAGUGAUUGGGAGAUUUUUCGUUCUGCUUAAGACACGCGAAUUUUUGCUAACGUUGCUCCUGCGUCUGCCGCACGAUAACAUGAGUCCGAUCUGUCACGACUGGCCAACGGCACCGACCUUCCUGACCGAAACGUCCCAACUGCUGCGAACCAUAUUUCACCGCUGGCGGUGUUACAAGUACCGUAAAUCGUUCGAUCAGCCAGCGAGGAAUCGCAUGCGCGAAAAGGUGACCGCCAGCAUCAUCUUCAAGGAUCGCAAGAUAUCGUACUCGCGGAGCGUAGCCCAUCCGUUUCACGGGGACUACAUUCGACUGCGGCAGAACAUCCAGUGGAAACGGGUCAGCUGUGAGCACAACGAUCAGUACGUUGUGUUCGCCGAUAUCAUCAACAAAAUAGCGCGUUCCAGUGGAAAGUUCAUCCCAAUAUUGUUGGUCAUCUCGACGAACUCGAUGCUGCUGCUGGAUCAGAAAACGAUGCAAAUCAAGUAUCGCAUCCCGGCGUCGGAAAUCUAUCGCAUGUCACUCAGUCCGUACUUCGACGAUAUUGCCGUCAUACACAUCCGCGCGGAUAACUAUUGCUCGUCGAACAUGUCCGAUCGGUCGGAAUCCCCCACCGGAUGCUUGUUUCAGUCGGAGAUUGGCAAAAAGAAGGGCGACUUUGUGUUCCAGACGGCCCACUCGAUCGAGAUAGUGACGAAACUCUUCCUGGUCAUCCAGAACGCCACCGCCAAAUCGCCAGAAGUCACCAUCAGCACCGAUUUUGAGGCCAAUUUCGGCGGCCAGACCGUGAUCUUUACGUUUAAGUGCGGCGGUCUGGUGGACAAUCCGUACAAUCAGACCCGCGUCACGCGCAAAGGAAACCGGAUGGAGGUGAUCGUGUAA